AUGCUAUUGCCGCCAACCCAACAACACUCUUUGAUGAUGGCAUCUCAUUCACCGCGGAUUUUAUCACUCACCCGAAGGGCCUUUUCUUCUUGUUCCUUUCAAGGAGAAGGGGUUUCUAUGGUUCAAGGAGCUUCCAGAGGAAUUGGCCUCGAAUUUGUAAAACAGCUUUUAGAGAACGAUGAUAAAGAGCAUGUUAUUGCUACAUGCCGUAAUCCUAGUGCAUCAACUGGGCUUAUCCAUCUGAAAGAUAAAUUUGCAGACCGCCUUAGAAUUUUGCCGUUGGAUUUGACUGUUGAGAAUUCAAUCGAGGCAUCUGCAUUGUCAAUAAGAGAGACAUAUGGCCGUCUAAACCUUCUCAUUAAUGCGUCUGGGAUUCUUUCAAUACCUGAAGUAAUACAUCCAGAAACAACAUUGAACAAAGUGGAGAAAUCAUCUUUAAUGCUUGCAUAUGAGGUUAAUGCAGUGGGUCCUAUCUUAGUUAUCAAGCACAUGUGGCCUCUUCUAAAAGUAGGAGGCGGCCACGGGACUGGAAGAAGUGCUGCAGUGGUGGCUAGUUUGAGUGCAAGGGUUGCAUCUAUUGGGGACAAUCGUCUUGGGGGCUGGCACUCAUAUCGAUCUUCAAAGGCUGCUCUUAAUCAAUUAUCAAAGACUGUCUCCCUGGAAUUUGCAAGAAAGAAGGAUCCAAUUGUAUGCAUUUUACUGCAUCCUGGUACAGUUGACACAGAUCUCUCUAAGCCAUUUCAAAGAAAUGUUCCCCCAGACAAGCUCUUCACCAAAGAGUUCUCAGUUCAGAAGCUACUAAGCAUCAUUAACAAUGUCAAGAUCCAUGACAAUGGCAAGUUCUUUGCCUGGGAUGGAAAAGAAAUUCCUUGGUAACCCUGUCAUAACAGGUAAGAAAUAUAUCAAUAAUAAGUUUCACAGCUGCUCUCAAGACAAAAAUUGUUUUUCAUAAAAUUCUUUGAUUCAUUGAUGUUUAUGGAAUAUUGGAGAAACAGAUACUAAAAAAUGUUUGCUGUACUGACGUGGAUAGGAAUUCGUACUCAGGUACUUAAGAAAAGAGUUUGUAUUAUAUUUGCAACCACUAAAGUAAAGAAAAUUCUUCACUUUUUCUCUCAA